GGAGGAAGAUGGGCCUUCGCCCUUAUAAGCACGGUCUCUUAGUAAACUCGUGGGCCUUGAACAGAAAACGUGUCUUGGUCUCCAUUAAUUUCUCUCACAGUCUAAGUCUCUUUCAGCCCCAGCCUGCCUCCCAGGUGUACCUGGUUCAUGUAGGCCUCGGGCUGGCAUACAACAGAUUGGUGUCCGAACCAGGGACAUUGGGAACGGCGGAAAAACCCUGAGGGAAUUGCUAUCUUGUGUGGAGCUCCAUGAGAAGGAAAGAAUCAGAGGAUUGUAUCGGGCACAGUGAGCAACAGGUGCAUUUUUGAGCAUGUGUGCAGUUGUUGCUUGAAAAUGGAUUCUCAGUGUUGAAAAUUUGGGACAAAGGUAUCACUUAUGUCUUUGUUUUGAAGAUUAUCAAGCUCUGGAAUCUGAGAUCAUUGUUGAAGAUGGCGGGCUCAUCUGGCUAUGGCUUGCUGAAGCUUCUGCAAAAACUGAGUGAUGAGGAGUUCCAGAGAUUUAAAGAGCUUCUCAGAGAAGAGCCUGAAAAGUUUAAACUCAAACCAAUAUCCUGGACGAAAAUCGAGAAUUCUUCCAAAGAAAGCCUGGUAACGCUAUUGAACACACAUUAUCCAGGACAGGCAUGGAAUAUGAUGUUAAGCCUGUUUCUACAGGUCAAUCGGGAAGACCUCUCAAUCAUGGCUCAGAAAAAGAAGAGACAUAAACAAACUAAAUACAAAAAGUUUAUGAAGACUACAUUUGAAAGGAUAUGGACAUUGGAGACCAACACUCAUAUACCUGAUAGAAACUACCAUUUAAUUGUAGAAGUCCAGUACAAAGCAUUGCAGGAAAUAUUUGAUUCUGAGUCAGAGCCAGUCACUGCAAUUGUAGCAGGUACAACAGGAGAAGGAAAAACCACUUUCUUAAGAAAAGCAAUGUUGGAUUGGGCAUCAGGAGUUUUACUGCAGAACCGGUUUCAGUAUGUUUUCUUCUUCUCUGUCUUCUCACUUAACAAUACCACAGAGUUAAGCUUAGCCGAGCUUAUCUCAAGUACGUUGCCUGAAUCUUCAGAGACAGUGGAUGAUAUUUUAUCUGAUCCAAAAAGAAUCUUGUUUAUCCUGGAUGGAUUUGAUUACCUGAAAUUUGACUUGGAACUCAGGACAAACUUGUGCAAUGACUGGAGGAAGAGGCUGCCAACACAAAUCGUCUUGAGUAGUUUGCUACAGAAAAUAAUGCUCCCGGGAUGUUCUCUGCUUCUUGAAUUGGGACAAAUAAGUGUACCAAAAAUCCGUCAUUUGCUGAAGUAUCCAAGGGUGAUAACUAUGCAAGGAUUCUCUGAGCGGUCUGUAGAGUUCUAUUGUAUGUCCUUCUUUGAUAACCAGAGAGGCAUAGAAGUAGCUGAGAAUUUAAGGAAUAAUGAAGUACUCCAUUUAUGCAGCAAUCCUUAUCUAUGCUGGAUGUUCUGUAGUUGUUUAAAGUGGCAGUUUGACAGGGAGGAGGAAGGGUACUUUAAGGCUAAAACAGAUGCGGCUUUCUUCACAAACUUUAUGGUGAGUGCAUUCAAAUCAACAUAUGCCCAUAGUCCGUCCAAACAGAACAGAGCCCGAUUAAAGACCCUGUGUACCUUGGCUGUAGAAGGAAUGUGGAAAGAGUUGUUUGUCUUUGACUCUGAAGAUCUCAGGAGGAAUGGGAUAUCUGAAUCCGAUAAGGCAGUGUGGCUGAAAAUGCAAUUUCUCCAGACUCACGGUAACCACACUGUGUUUUAUCAUCCUACACUACAGUCAUAUUUUGCUGCCAUGUUCUAUUUCCUCAAACAAGACAAAGACAUAUGUGUCCCAGUCAUUGGAAGCAUACCUCAACUUCUAGGAAACAUGUAUGCUCGUGGCCAGACCCAGUGGCUCCAGUUAGGCACAUUUUUGUUUGGACUCAUCAAUGAACAAGUCGCCGCCUUACUCCAACCAUGCUUUGGCUUUAUACAACCCAUAUAUGUAAGACAGGAAAUCAUUUGUUACUUUAAGUGUCUUGGUCAACAAGAGUGCAAUGAGAAACUGGAAAGAUCCCAGACUUUGUUCUCCUGUCUGCGUGACAGCCAGGAGGAAAGAUUUGUUAGACAAGUGGUGGAUCUACUUGAAGAAAUUACUGUUGAUAUUAGUAGUUCAGAUGUAUUAUCAGUGACUGCAUAUGCUCUGCAGAAAUCCUCCAAAUUAAAGAAACUUCAUCUGCAUAUACAAAAGACAGUUUUUUCAGAAAUCUACUGCCCAGACCAUUGUAAAACAAGAACUUCUAUAGGCAAAAGACGAAAUACAGCCGAAUAUUGGAAAACAUUAUGUGGCAUUUUCUGCAACUUAUAUGUGUUGGAUCUGGACAGCUGUCAGUUCAAUAAAAGGGCCAUACAGGACCUCUGUAAUUCGAUGUCUCCAACUCCUACGGUGCCCCUGACUGCUUUUAAGCUCCAAAGCUUGUCGUGUUCCUUCAUGGCUGACUUUGGAGAUGGUUCAUUAUUUCACACCCUUCUUCAGCUACCUCACCUGAAAUACCUGAACCUGUAUGGCACUUAUCUCUCCAUGGAUGUGACUGAGAAGCUGUGUGCUGCUCUGAGAUGCUCAGCAUGCAGAGUGGAGGAGCUGCUGUUGGGUAAAUGUGGCAUCUCAAGUAAGGCCUGUGGCAUAAUUGCGAUUUCCCUUAUCAACUCUAAAGUGAAACACCUCUCAUUGGUUGAAAAUCCCUUGAAGAACAAAGGAGUGAUGUCACUGUGUGAAAUGCUGAAGGAUCCAAGCUGUGUCCUGCAGUCACUGAUGUUGUCUUACUGCUGCCUCACAUUCAUUGCCUGUGGACAUCUCUAUGAAGCACUUUUGAGCAACAAACACCUCUCCCUGCUUGAUCUGGGAUCAAAUUUCCUGGAAGAUACUGGAGUGAACCUUCUGUGUGAAGCUUUGAAAGAUCCAAACUGCACCCUCAAGGAGUUAUGGUUGCCGGGUUGCUUUUUAACUUCACAAUGCUGUGAGGAGAUCUCGGCUGUCCUCAUUUGCAAUAGAAAUCUAAAGACCCUGAAACUGGGCAACAAUAACAUACAAGACACUGGUGUCAGACAGUUAUGUGAAGCUCUGAGUCAUCCCAACUGUAACUUGGAGUGUCUUGGGUUAGACCUGUGUGAGUUCACCAGUGACUGUUGUAAGGACCUAGCCUUGGCUCUCACCACCUGCAAAACACUGAAUAGCUUAAAUCUGGACUGGAAAACCUUGGACCACUCUGGGCUGGUGGUGCUCUGUGAGGCUUUGAAUCACAAAAGAUGUAACCUGAAGAUGCUUGGACUGGACAAAUCUGCGUUUUCCGAGGAAUCACAGACAUUACUGCAAGAUGUGGAAAAGAAAAAUAAUAAUCUGAAUAUUUUGCAUCAUCCCUGGUUUGAGGCGGAACGCAACAAGAGGGGUACUCGUCUGGUAUGGAACAGCAGGAAUUGAUCUGUGACAAAGGCUUAUCCUCUGUUAUGUUUCUCCCAUAUACCCUGCCCCAAGUUGCACACCAUGGUACUGGUGGCUGUUUCCAGGGCUGUUCUUCCACAUUGUCCCACCCCCACCCCCACCCAUCUACACAUCUCCCCGCAUCACUUUGCAAUGUUUAUAUUACAAGCACAUUUAAUAAACACUAAGCGUGUUUGAAAACA